CAUGAUGUGGAUGAAGAGAUGGGUGAGACACAAAUGAUAGGUGGGGGGACCCUCCUCCACAUUAUUUGAGGUGUUCACAAAGGAAUCAUCCUCUCACACACACCCUCACCAUAAUUUCGGCCAGCACACCAAGGAGAGAGAGGAGAGCCUCUACAAUUCACCAUCCUCCAUUGUUGAAGCAAGCUCAAACCAAGGAAGCUCCAAGGAAGAAGAAAGAGUGAGAAAAGAAGAGAAAAACUUAGAAAAUCAAGGAAUUUUACCAAAGUAUUCUAGACUUUUCAAGGAAUCUAGGAGUGACCGGAAAAGUCGCCGGAGCCACCGGAGUUUUCGCCGGAAAAUUCCAAAAGUCGCCGGAGUUCAAACGAAGAGGAUAAAAGCUUGCUAGCAACAUUUCGAGGUUGAAGCUAGAGCUUACUUCCUGCACCCGUUGUUCGGGAGAUCGAUGGAGAGAAGACGUGGUUCGUGCUUCCUCUGGUUCUAUUUCUAAAUAAUUAAAUAAUGCUCAUGGAACUAUUUUUGACUUAUAAAUUAAUGGAGCCUGCGAGCUCUUGUUUUACCCUUGUGUGGGUUCUUAUUAAACACUUAUAUUCCGCUAUGUGUUUAAUUGUAUGUUGAUGUUGUUAUGUAUGUUUACUAAUCGGUUUUGGCAUAUGUAUCUAUCGGACGUCUUGUGCAAUUUAGUAAGGAUGAAUUGCGGUUAUUCUUAUUGGGUUGUACGACGGUUGUCUACGUGGCACAGACACGGUCUGGGGCGUGACAAAAGUAGCCCGCCGCAGCAAGGUAGAAAUCCCUCGUUCCAGGCGCCAUCUCCUACACGGCAGCAAGCUUCUUGCCCAAUCUCACGGCUCUGAAUUUUUAAGGUAUUUAUUUUUAACUCAAAAUCUUUGCAGAAUCUUAUGUACAUGAUUUAUUGCAUUAUGUUUGUCAUUGUGUUAAACAUCAUUGAUUUUGUUUUUGAGAUUAAGUUGUCAUUUUUUUUAUUGCACACCAAGUGUUUGAUGUUAUGCCUCAUUUUUUUUUGGAGAUAGAUGUAAUUUUUGAGUAUAAUUCCGUAAUGCUAUAUGUUAUAAUCAUAUAGUUGGAAUCAAUAUCAUAUUAUGCAUCCGUCUCCCUUUUAUACAUCCAUGUGAUCAUUUUUCCGUAAAGCUAUAUGCCAUAUACAUAUAGUUGGAAUCAAAGAUCACACGAAUUAAUCUUAUUUUCAUGCAUUUUAUAUGAUUAUACUUUCCGUAAAGCUAUAUGUUAUACAUAUAUAGUUGGAAUUAAGAUCAUAUUAUGCAUUUUUUUAUACAUAUUAUGUGAUUAUAUUUUUCCGUAAUGCUAUAUGUCACUUACAUAUAGUUGGAACCAUAAUCACAUAAGAUUACUAUAUUUUAUACUCAUAAAUUAUCUCUAGGGCAAAAAUACAUGUUUAAUUUCCCGUAAAUCUAUAUGUUAUACUUAUAUAGUUGGAAUUCAUGUAGUCCUAUUUUUAAACAUUUUUUUAGAAUACACUGACAUGUUUAUAUUUCUGUAAUUCUAUAUGUCAUAUACAUAUAGUUGGAAUAACAAUCAUGCAGUCAUAUUCUUACUUGUCAUAUAAAUAACCUAAAUUAAAGUCUACUUUCUGGAAAACAAAAUCCAUUUAUUGUCAUACUAAUAAUUCUAAAUGAAUUUGGCAAUUUUUUUAGUAUUUUUUAUAACAUACUUCGAAAUUUCAUAACAAUUUUUUUUAGUGUUAUAUAUUCUAUUUUUUUUUUAAUACGGAGUAUGUGUUCAAGUAUUUAACAAAAAAAAGAUAAUCUUGUUAUUCGACUAACUAUCAUUACAUGUUUGAAUUAGCAUUAAUGGACAUUCUAUAUACGUUAUAUGUUGUACUCCGUAUACUACAUAUGUUAAUGCAUAUAUUAGGAACAUCUAAUCAUUACCUCAAUGCUCUCAUAAUUUAUUAUGGAGUGUGUAGCAAAUUACCAUAUAUAACUGAGCAUGACAUAAGUAAAGUUUUUUUUUCCAUUCUUGAAAAUUUACGGUACACCUACAUUGUUUUUAAAUCUUGAAACUAUUUUGUCCUAAACAAUAAAUUCCAAAUAUAAUACACUUUACACUGUUCAUGGUUAAUGUAUGUAUCAUAGUAGAACCAUAACCAUACGUGUUCAUGAUAUCUUCCUGUAUCUUAUGCAUGGUAUUAUUCUGUAAUGCAUACACAUCAUCCGCCUAUAUGUAUUUUUUUAACAUAUAUGCAUAUUAGAUUACUAAUAUAUUAUUAAAUUUGUUUUUACAAACUAAUUUUGGAUAAUUAAAAUUCGAUAAUUAAUUAUUUUUAUAAAUCGAAGUUUGUUAAAAAAAAUCAAAAAUUUGUCAAAAUAUACUAUUUAAGUUCGAAAAAAAACCGAUAAUUAUAUUUCAUUUUUAGAUCCAUUUUUUUAUAAUUAAAAUAUAUGGCAAAAUAUUUUUUCAAUAAUUCGACAAUAUAAAUAAUAUUACUAAAAGGAUUAUUAAAUUCGUCCUUUUUUUUCAAAAAAAAGGAGAUAUACCUAACCCAUUCAUUAGACCAAUAUUAAUGUUUUCUAUAUGAAACACACCAUAUAACAUCUGAUAAAAAUCUCUAUGAUUUUUUUAUUAAGGAGAUGAACAUAUAUCUCCUCUCUUCGAUGCAUUAUAAAAUAUUGUCUACAAAGAGACAUACCCCCCAUGACAUUUUUUUUAUGUGAUAAAGAAUUUUCACACAAAGAAUCGCAUUUUUUAUUCAUUUUUUUAGCGAUAAAUGGUAGUGAAUAACACUCAUACAAUUUUAUAUUUUAAGAUGACUGAUCCAACUCGAUCCGAGUUUGACAUCCUGGACUCAGAAGGACUUGAGUACCAUCGCUGGGUUUCUGACAUAGAAACCACUUUUGUGGCUAAAGACUAUUCCGCCACACUUGCCGACCCUGAAAGUUUAAAAGAUAAUGCACCGUCUGAAAAAAUAAAGGCUGCUGCGUUAAUGUUCCUUAGACGCCAUAUUGACCCUAGCUUACGUUGGGAAUACUUACAAUUGAAAACCCUCAAAGAACUGUGGGACGCACUAAAAUGUCGUUUUGGGAACAUACAUGACACAUUGAUCCCCGAACUGACAGUGCAAUGGAAUGAAAUCCGCUUAGUCGACUACAAAAAGAUCAACGAUUUUAAUAAGGACAUGUUAUGUCUCAAAGCGCGCCUUAAUUUCUGUGGUAAACCAAUCACAGAAGAUGAAAUGAUUGAUAAGACCCUCUCCACUUUCCCUACCUCAGCACUUAUACUAGCGAACCAGUAUAGGUUGGAGCAUAAUAACAAAAGAAUAACCACAUUUAAUCAGUUAAUUAAUUUGCUCCAAGUUGCUGAAAGACAAAAUCAAGUUCUCUUGAAUAACAAUGCCAGACCAGUUGGGACAAAGAAAAUUCCCGAGGUCAACUAUGGCAAAGCAAACACUGGAAAGCACCCUAGUGGAAGAGGAGAGGGUCGUACUCGUGGAAGGGGGCGCAACAAUCAUGGCGGGCGUGGAGGCCGAGGUACGGGACGUGGAGGAUUUUCCAAAGUGUGGAAGAGAGAUACAAGAGGCGGGACCAGUGGUCAAACUAACAAGGCCCAUAAUGCACCAUCAAAACCUCCAGUCAAACGAGACCGAGUUGGGGAAGAACCAUGCUACAGAUGCGGAGUUUCAGGUCAUCGGUAUAAGAAUUGCCAAGCCAGUAAUAGAGUUGUUGCUGCCUACAAGAAAUACAGAGAAUCAAAGGAACAUGAAUCUCAAUUUGUGACAGACGAAGGAAAUGAGGUUGAUGUUAACCUCACAGUGGCGGAUUUUGGUGUUAAAAAUAACAUCACCCAUUCAGUCGAUGCACCGGACUUUGAUUAAUUUUCCCCCUAUCCCACCAGACAAUUUAAACAAACUUUAUGUUUUUCCCAUUCCUUUUAAUUUCCUGCUUAUGGAC